AUGUCAUCCGAGGAGGGUAGUGUGAGUCACCUCUUGAAACAACUGGGUCUGCAAGACUUUUCUUCUCGUUUUUCUGGGCGCGGAUAUGACCGUGUGUGCGAUAUUUUAUAUCUUGAAAACGAAGAUCUUACCUCGCUUAUCCAGGAUGAAAAGCUACAAUCAAGCUACAGAGCAGCACUUCAGAAAGGUACUUGACAGUUUUGUAGUAAAAAUUAAAUUGAGAGUCACUUAAUAUGAGCAUUUUCUAGUCUUUGCACCUGCAGAAAAUUCUUUCGCCUGCUAUAUCAGUUUUAUAAAAUACUCUCAAGACAACCUCUAAUAUACUGACCUUGUAAACCAUAAACUGAACGCUGUUAUAGGCCAUUCUCAUUGGUCGAGUAAUCCUAGAAAACCCAAUUAUAUAAUACCAGUAGUCCUUGCGGAUACAAUAACGCUCCGUAUAUCUGUUAUCUGUUCUUUGUUAUCGGACUUAAGUGAAAUUAAGAGUACACCGAGUAAGCUGCGCUGUGUCGCAUGGUCUCUGCACUCAUGCAAAUAUUAACUUGUUUUAUGAAAACAUUAUUAUGACACGUGCAUCAACAACUAACAUCUUUUUAAAAAGUUAUUUCCGCCAACUCAACAAAUGAAUUAAACAGUAAUACUUUUAACGCUUUUAACCAGAUUAUUGCCCUACCGUGAAAUAAUGGAUUUAUUUCAAUGUUAUUGAUGUUUUCAAGGAAAUAUAUGGACAGGCAUUGUUUUAUAGGAACAAGUACUUCGAAAACUGAAAUAAUGAAAUUCACUGUGCGGCGAUGCAUGCAACACGUGUUCGAUAACAAUGAUCUGGAUCGAGUUGUAUUAUUAAAUGUCAUAAGAAAUGGUCGUAUGCAUUGUGACUGAUAAUCACUUUAUUCUGACUAAUUGACGCCUUUUUCACAUCGAAUAAAAUCUCGAGAAGAUUCAAAACAUGACCACUCAGCACUUCGAAACUCGUCAGACUUUUCAGCAGAUCUUGCCGCACGUCACAAAGUGGGCCGUUUCACGCUAAAUUUCGUAGAUUUAACUACAGUCUCAGUCAAAAGUGUUGGGACACUACUUUCUCCCUGUCCUCCCAAUGUUGGAGUAAAAGAUUUGCUAAGUUACCUGCGACAAACGAAAUUGGGAGAGAGAGGAGACGAGCGAGAACGGAAAAAAUAGCGUUCGAGUGGAAGUGUCCCAACUAUUUUUCUCGAAACCUUUUGUAUACAGAAUGAGGAUGGGAGAAUCCAUGGGUGAAGGGUUGUGGACUGUCGGGGGGAUUACAAAACAUAUUGUUCGAAAGUGGGUAUCGUCGACAAUUUGUAAGAGUGAAGAAUAAAGAAAGGAUGAUUUAUUAUUACAAGCUAGCAGGCCAAUUUUUCUCCUAGUGGUAUUACCAUACACGGAUUCUAUUUAUACUAGAGAUUAUUAGUUCUCCCAUCAUAUCGAGAAAAUACUGACUCUGACCUUUUUUGUGUCUCAUCCUACACUGGUUAAGUGUUUUUCAGAUUGGGUUUUACUAGAGCGAGGUCUUUAUUCUCCACUAAUCUCUAAAGUUUGGAAAGAAUUGAAAUAAAUUAAAAAAAUAAGGCUUAUUCUUUCCUUACUUAAGGUGGCUCCGUAAUUGAUACAAGAGCAUUUAGCUGUGACAAAUUUUCCGUCAUAACUUUUUCGAUUUUAACGCGAUGGCUGCGAAACUUUACAAAAAAACAACAGAUAUCAUUCCGCAAUAAAACGAAAUAUUCCGAUUUCAUUGAUGGUAAAUAUUUCUUGAGAAAUUAGCGCUUAAAAGGACCCUACUGUUCAAAGAAAAUCGCGUCUAGUAAAAAAUUUUGCUGAUAUUUUUUACUGAAAUUUCUGGUAUCGGCUUUCUUUGAUAUAAUAAAUAUGCCAGAGGAAUUUCAGAAAAAUCGUUGGAGCAGAAGUCCGUAACUAAAAGUCGCUCAAAAUUCAGCUGUGAAAUUGUUUUGGAAUUUCAAAAAUAAAUUACUAUCAGGAAGAAGGAGACAUCAGUUUGAAUUUUCGGGACAAGUAAAUUCAGUGACUGCUAAUUCUGAAAACAGAAGCCGAUUGCCUAUCGUGCUAUUCUUUAAAAGGUACUUUUCAGUUUUAGAAGCACUAUAUAUUGCUCCAAACUUUGCUUUAACGUCCAAUGACUUGUUCCUCGACAUUUUUAAAAUAUUCCUUGGCAGUUUUGGUUCAAACUCCUGCUACAUACAUUUUGAUGUAUUGCAAUGCAUCCUCAACGGCUUUUCCUGCUGUACGUUGUUUCCAGUUCAGGAAAAAGGUAUUGGGAUUGUAAGCUACCUUGUAUCGAAGCCCAGAUAGAACUGUCCAGCACCUUUGUUUAUGACCAGAAAAUGAGCACCAGCGGCAGCCCAGCGAGGAAUUCGCACCUCAGCCAGGGGGGACGAAUGACAAUGAUGCCCAUGUCUGUGAACCGAUCUGCAUAAACAUGUAUUGCAGAGCAAAACAUAAUAAUCAAGAAAAAAAUACCCAUUCAUUGAAGGAAGGAGUGACAAAAAUUUCACAGUUGUAAAUUUAUUCACGGGCAGUAUUUUUGCGAUAAUUUUAUUUUGCACUGUGAUGUUAUUCGCAGAACUGCCGCUCGUGCUCAUUUUUUAGUCAUAAACAAAGGUGCUGGAGAGUUCUAUCUGAGCUCUGAUACGAGGUAGCGUCCAAUCUCAAUACUUUUUUCCUGAGUUGGAAGCAACGAACAGCAGGAAAAGCCGUUGAAAAUGCAUUGCAAUACAUCAAAAUGUAUGCAGCAGGAGUUUGAGCCAAAACUGUCAAGGGAGAUUUUAAAACUGUCGAAGAACAAGUCAUUCUACUUCAGAGCAAGGUUUGGAGCAGUUUAUAGUCCUUCUAAAACUAAAAAGUACCUUUUAAAGAAUAGCACGAUAGGCAAUCGGCUUUUGUUUUAAGAAUUAGCAAACGUUGAAUUUACUUGUCCCGAAAAUUCAAACUGGUGGCUCCUUCUCCCUGAUAGUAAUUUAUUUUUGAAAUUCCAAAACAAUUUCACAGCUGAAUUUUGAGCGACUUUUAGUUACGGACUUCUGCUCCAACGAUUUUUCUGAAAUUUUUUCUGGCAUAUUUAUUAUAUCAAAGAAAGCCGAUUCCAGAAAUUUCAGUAAAAAAUAUCAGCAAAAUUUUUUACUAGACGCGAUUUUCUUUGAACAGUAGGGUCCUUUUAAGCGCUAAUUUCUCAAGAAAUAUUUACCAUCAAUGAAAUCGGAAUAUUUCGUAUUAUUGCCGAACGAUAUCUGUUUCUGUUUGCAAAGUGUCGCAGCCAUCCCGUUAAAAACCAAAAAGUUAUGACGGAAAAUUUGUCACAGCAAAAAGCUCUAGUAUAAAUUACGGAGCCACCUUAAGAGAUUAGUGAAGAGUGAAGACCUCACUCUGGUCGAAUACUCCUCAAUGAUUUUUCCUUUCAGACCCUGAACUAGUGAAAAUGUGGCUUCACUCUUUAGGACUGGAACAGUAUUUUAAUCAGUUUCAGGCCUCUGGCUUCACAAGUUUGGCCCUUUGCGCUAAAAUGAGCCUGCAGUCACUGACUGACAUGGGCAUAGAUCUUCCAGGACAUAAAAGGCGGCUUUACAGGGAAGGUAAUCAAACGACUAGGUCCUGCACAGAUUACAAACUUUCUAGAUGCUGUAUAAAAUAAUCAAAUACAGUGGAACCCUCUAUAUAGCGAAGAACCCGGUGUCACGAAUGAUUUUGUUUACCCCAUUGACAGGAAAAUAUAUGGGAAAGUACCACGAUAUAACGAAAACUCGUUAUAGCGAGAAAAUUUUGCUAGCCGAUCCCUUGCCACUUCGUUAUAUCGAGAUUCCACUGUUCACUCAGUGGAAAUUCCAUUCAAGGGGCUGCCUCGUUACCGAGGCAAGUGUCUCUUGAAUAAACUGCAGGUUGGGCAGGGGUUUGUCAAUAAUUAACCAAUAAAUAAGACAUUUUUCUUUUAUUCUUCCUCGGAAUCUGUUGUUAGUAGUUAUUAUUUCAAGCAGCUCGAUAAUUUAUUAAAAACAGUGAUUAAAUUAUCUCUGCGAUUUUGUAUGUUGAAUUUCCGCAAGUGCAGUACAUCGAUUUAGGUGAGAUAGUUUAUGUUUUGAAAGCUGUCGCCAUUGUGAUUAGCGCACACUCUUAUUAAUGAUUUUUGUGGCCAGUCACGUUUUGGGUGCUAAGAUGUCCCCUAAAUGGGGAUAGACCUGGAUUUCGGGACCCACAAAAAGUCUCCCUUUCCUCUGAAGAGAGCUGUCUCUUCAAUAAGCCCUUUGCAGCUAAGCCAUCUUGUGACCUACUUUUCAUAACAUUAUGGGCCAUAACUGAGCAAAUUUCAGAAAUGGAAAAAGCAUGUCGAAAAUAUCAAAAUGGCCGAGUUUGAGGCCCCCAUCAUUCAAGAAUGAGAUUUUAUGAAAGAUUUGUAUGGAAAAUGUUGUUGGAGAGAAAGGCCCUGCUCUCCAGCAAAAUUUUCCAUACAAAUCCUCUUAAUUUUCCGAAAGUUCAAACUGCUGUAUAAACAGUACUCUGUAAUUCCAGUGGUCAGAACUUGGCCAGUUUAGUAUCUUCGAUAUGCUCUUUCCAUCUCUGGCAUUCUUUAAGUUAUAGCCCAUAAUUUAGGCUUUUUAAGGAAAGAUUUGAUCACGUGACCCUAGCUGCAAACGGCCUACAGAGGUAACAAAUACAAAGAUUAUGAGAACAUUUAUCCGGGACAAAAAUUUUGUGUCCCCUGAAUGGGGGUGUACCAAAGGACAGGUUCCACUGUAUUAUUAUUAUUACAAACGUUUGAAACAAGAAACAAGAUCUUGGGUGACAUAGCUCAGUUAGAUGAAAAUAAUCUCUUCACAAUUUCAAGAAAGGUGUAAACAACACAGCAAAUACAAAAUAAGUUUCAAAGGACAAAAUUGAAGACGAUUAACAGGGAUGGUAAUUGGUGUUUAGAUUAACUGCAUGUUCAUUCUAACAGCUUAAGUUAUCUCUGUUGUUUAUAGUUUUCAAUUUCAUAAGUAGAUAUAGGUUUAAUGUGAUCGUUCGGGUGAGCGUAGUCCUGUAUAGGACUGUUGUUGACAGUUACUGCGAUUUCGACAACCUGUGUGGUAGUCAAGCCGUUCUAUCAUGUCAGUUGAAGGUAUUCUGGUUAUUGCAUGGCCUGAUUGGUCCGCUUUAGAGCGAAGCCGUAAUUUUAUCUGAUUUACAAUUUCUUUGCGCAAAUUAACGUUAACUCCCAUGCACAGCAAGUAGUGGCUAGUAACUGGCAAUACUUAACAGAAUGGUACAGAAUUAGCUUAGUAAAACAGCCGGCAUUUGGCGACGCCACCGCGCUGGUUUCCCCGCGAAAUUAUGUCUGGCGGAAACGAACGAAGAAAUUCUAUACUGAUGAUACGUCACUACCCAGGACUGGGCAGUGCUUCUGAUUGGUUGAAGCAAAUGUCCCACGCGGUACUACCAAUCAGAGGUACUGCCCUGAUCUGGGUAUGAAAUUUCUGAGCUGUGCUCGUUUCUCAGACUACAAUGCGAGCAGGGUAUUCUCAGACGUCAUUUCGAGGCGAAACCAGUAGUGGCAUCGCAAAAUGUCGGCUGUUUUGUCAGGGUAGUACGGACUGAAUUAUCUUAAGCUGAACCAUGCGUUGCUUUGAUAUGAACAGCUCAAAACCUGGUGAGACAAGGAAAAGUGGUGGCCGAGGGAGCCUGGGAAGAGCACGAGCAGUUAAGAGGAGGAAGGUGAGCGACUAGAUUCCCCGAUUUUCAUCUUUGUGGUGCGGGUAAGAAGGGGAAAGGUUAAAAAAGGAGGGGACGGGAAAGAAGGUGCAGCGAAAAAAUCUCCCCGAUUCCCGUCUGGGUUACGAGUAGGUGUCUCAACUUCCCUUACAGGUUCGGUAAAUUUCUUUGUCUCACAGCUGACAUUUUUCACCCGAAAGAAGAUGUGAAGGAUUUUCGUAGUCGAAGAGUUAAGUUCAUGGUUGACUCUGGAAGCGAUAUAGUGACGUUGACCGAUGAUAUCAUCGAGGAGUUGCAUCUCCCUAAAAUUGGCUGGUGCGAGCAGGAGGGAGCCGAUGGAAUCAAACAAAAAAAGCCCUUCUACAGCGCUUGCCUUGGUAUAGGAGAGAAGAAGAUAAAUGUUAAGGUACGUUUUGCUUUGACGUAUUGAUUUGCAGAAAUGGAGUUGAAAGACAAAGUUAUUCAUUCAACAUGUUUCUCCAUUUCUGGAAGGCUCAAAUUAGUUAGAGUUGAGCACAUUUGCAAGACGUUUACGAAAUUUGAUAAAUGACGUCAAUAGCACAGCGUUAAUGCCAGAAAAUGGACGGCACCCGAGAAGCCCCGGAGACGAAGUUGUUUAGGUACAGCAAAAACAAAGUGGCGGAACUUUUUACACGUUUGGCGAAGACGAAAUAGCUAAACGUUUAUAGUACUGUGCAAACACACACUGCUGCUCUACUAAAACAGCUGAGCUAACCAAGCGUCGUUCCCAGGGUGUCUUGGUUGUUGUGCUUUCUCUGUAGUUACCCAGCACCAUUGAUGUCCCUGACGUCUUCAAAAUUGGUUUAACUCCAGCUAGUUACAGUAGCCUCUUGUCUGGGUUAGCAGAUGAUUCAAGAGUCAAAGCUUACAUCUUUCCUAUGGCUGCACAUUAUGUCAUGAAAAAAACAAAAACUGAUUUAAAUCUAUUAUAAGAAAGCUUUAAUAUUGACGCAUUGAAAGCUAAGAUAUGAUGUUUCUUGUUAGGUAGUUCGAGAUCCAAAAGUAAACACUUUGGGAACCCCAGUGAUGCACGAAUUUUGUCAUCGCAUUGAUGAGAAAAAACAUUUUUGGCUCACUAAGGAUGUCGCCUAG